UCUGUGUGCUGUUAAUGGAUGUGCUGAGAGAGACAGGUGAAGAGAUGAAUGCAGGAGUGCUGUCGAGUGAAAACAGAUGAGAAGAUCAAACAGACAGUGAUGGACGGAGAAAGUGUGUGAGAGAGAUAAAAGUGAUGAAAGAGAGAGAGAGAGAGAGAGGAGUAAAGACCAUGGAACUGUCAAGAGCAUAACAUCUAAAGAAAGUACUGUGGUUUGCAUUGGUUUUUUGCACAUUUUUAAGGGAAAUAAGCACCCACACAUGUGAAAAAUAAUGAUGUACUGUUUCAAUUGUAAAGUCAAUUUUCAAGGAUACAUCACAGCAAUAUGUGUUUAAUGGAAUUUAUUUAUUUUUAAAAGAGAGAAAUUAUUUAUUACAAUGACAAUUAUUUUUUUGCACGAGACUGUAAUUUAAUCUCCUAAAAUCUAAGGUGGACUUCAUUUACUUUAUGAAACAAAAUGUCUUUUUUAUUCCGUCCGAUGCAUUUCUGUGAGAUUCCCUCGGGGAGAGAGAGCGAGCGAGAGAAAUGAAAGAGACAGUGAGCACUCAGGGGAAAGAUGAAGGCAGACAGCUGUGUUUUGGUGUUGCUAUUUUCAGCCUCUGGCCGCUGCGCUGCUCCCCUGGUCUGGCCCGGCCUAUUUCUGUCCUGGGCUGGUCCUGCUGCUAUUCCUGGCACCUGAGAGAGCGAGAGAGAGAGAGCGCGCGGUUAUGAAGAGAAACAGAGAGAGAACGUGUAAGACAGAGCGAGACAGAGAUGGAAAGCCAGUGAGAGAGCUGAUGUUGUCACCUGUAAUGCUUCCUGAGCUUUCUUGUUUAUUCGUCUGACGAGACUCGAGGGACAGCUGAAGAAAAGCCCGAGGAAAACAAGAGGAGGUCUGGAAAAAGCGUUGUGGCGUGGAGAAGCGUCUCUGUUGUGAGGUCAAGUACAAGUUAUGCUGCAGACCAUUUACGAGGUGGACUCGAGCAUCACUGCUGAGUGGAGGAGGAGAAUUUCAGACGCACACGGCGCUGCCAGUGAAUCAGGUUCAGAGGUGUUGCCCGUGGUGGACAGGUCUGGGGUCAGUAUGUUAGACUGGGACCGUGAUUCGGAUGAAUGGGAGAAGCAGUUACAGCGCGAGCUGCUGCUGAUCCAGAGACAGCAACAGAUCCAGAAACAGCUCCUCGUCUCUGAGUUCCAGAAACAGCACCAGAUUCUGUUGAGACAGCACCAGGCGCAGCUCGAGGAACACGUCAAGCUCCAGCAGGCUCUGUUAACCCUUCGGCAGCAGCAGGAGGUGUUCGCCGAGGAGCAUCGGCUCGUUGCUGAGGAGGAGAGAGAGGAGGCGCGAGAUGAGGAGAAGGAGGUUCACAGGAGAGAAACGCAGAAACAGCAUCACAGGAGGAAGGAGAGAUCUAAAGAGAGUUCAACGGCGAGCACUGAAGUACGACAGAAACUGCACAACUUUCUGAUGAGUAAAUCAGCCAAAGAUCCGUCAGUGUCCAGCGCUGGUUUCCCCCUCAGUGGCUCGAAACUCUGGUACAGCUCUGCCCACCCGGGUCCUGCAGAACAGAGAUCCCCACCGCAAGGAGAAACCCCUCCCACCUUCAAAUACCCCCUGACCUCCAGCCUGGACUACAGAGAGGACUUCCCUCUCAGGAAGACUGCAUCCGAGCCCAAUCUGAAGGUGAGGUCCAGACUCAAGCAGAAGGUUUCUGAGAGGAGAAGCGCUCCCAUGCGCCGGAGAGACGGCAGCGUGCUUGUCACACCGCUGAAGAAACGAGGUCUAGAACUGACGGAUUCCUCAGCCAAUGACAGCUCUGCAGGUUCUGGACCCAGCUCACCUAUUGGCUCGUGCAACAAUGAGAACGGAGCCUUGUAUCGAUCCACGGCUCAAAUCCAGCGAUGUCUGUCUCAGGGGGCCGUCCUGCAAACGGAUGGAUCCGUGUCCCUGCUGAAUUUAUACACGUCUCCCUCUCUACCAAACCUCACGCUGGGUCUUCAUCCGGCCCACGCGCACAUCUGUACGGGUACGGCGCUGAAGGAUCGGACCGUGGAAGGACUCGCGUUACCUGCCCCGCUGGAGUCUAAAGCGAGCAACGGCCAGCAGGCGCUUCUACAACACCUGCUGCUGAAAGAGCAGAGACAGCAGAGGAUGAUGUCACCUGUCACAGGCAGUGUUCCUGCUCUCUCUCCGUCUCCUCUGGUGAUGAAAGAUCGCUCUCGCUCCAGGUUACCGCGUCACCGGCCGCUGAACAGAACGCAGUCGGCACCGCUCCCUCAGAGCACACUGGCCCAGCUGGUACUCCAACAACAGCAUCACAACUUUGUGGAAAAGCAGAAGCAACUCCACCAGCAGGUCCAUAUCAGUCAGGUUCUGUCUCAGUCUAUAGAGCAGCUGAGGAACGCCAGCACUCAUCUGGAGGAGGAAGAUGAGGAGGGCUCUUCAUCAGAGGUGACGUUUCCUCCUGCUGGAGUGAUCCGGAGCAACACUUUACACAACACGGGAGUGAUGAGACUGAAACAAGAGCCGCAGGAGACAGAGAGAGAGAGCGGCCAGCAGCGAGAGAGAGAGACAGGUGAAGAACAGGAGAGACGGAGCGAUGCUGAACGCCGGCUGCAAAAUAUGACGGAAACUGAUGUUUGAGAGACAAAGAGAGAGGAAGUUAUGAAACAUGUCGAAAAUCAGGUCACAUUUCACCUCAAUUGAGUACUAGGAUUAGGAUGAUUAACAGGUUUGUUAUUAUUACAAUAUUUUCAUCGCAAUUCAGCACAUUUCCCUCAAUAUUCCUUGAUUCACAGAAAUCUCGUUUUCAUUGUAAUGUGAAGAAAUAAAAGAAAUAUUAUAGUUAAAAAGUAUUUCUGCACCAUGUUAGUGUUUGGUGUACUAAUGAAUACUUUUGUGUACAACAUUUCUGUAUGCAAUUAUUAAAAUGUCAAUAAAUUCAUUCAAUAGGGCCUAAAUCAGUACAACAAAUAGCACCACAUUGUUCUUAAAUCCGUUUUUUUUUUGUCAUUUCUCUAGUUUUGAUGUGAAAUGUGACCCUGGCAGUUACACAAAGAGAAAAAGAGGGAAUAUAAAAAGUUGAAAACGUGUCGCUAAAAGGUUUCUGCAGGUAUGUGGGGUUUAAACGCACCUGUGCUGAACUCUUCGUCAUCAUCCUCACUGAAACUUCAUCUUCAAUCGCUCAGACCCUGUUAGUGUGACACUGUACGUGACCUCUGACCUCUGCCGGCCUCUGAUCUUCCUUCUCUGCUUGUUGUUGUUGUGUGUGAAGCUAAAUAAAGAGCAGCGAUGACCGCUGAGCUUCAUUUACCCCCCACAUUAUAACCAAACAGUAGCAGGAUCUAGGUGUGAAGGGUCGUCUGUCUGCACCACACCGCUCUCAGAAUCACUGUGCUGUUAGACUGACGUCUGUGGGAUUUUGAAUGUUUGAUACGAGAGAUAUUUCUGUCAAUCAUGUCAACGUCAAUGUGACGUGAGGCGAAAAUUGUCCAAACAUCGUCCUGACUGAUAGUAUUUGCAUCCGAGUUUCUAACCAGAAUACAAUAUUUAAGCUAUGCAGAGCAACAUUUUGGACCAAUGAGAUUUUACCAUAAAGCAAGAAAUUGACAAAAUGUCAUUUAUUUCUUGUCACAGUCUGGUUAGGAUAAAAAAGAGAUUUAUCAUCUGAUCACAUCGGGACUUUGGAUGUGCAUUUGUGAAAUUUGCUUUCGUUUGAAGCACAGGAAAUAUUCACAGAGAUGUAUAAAUCGAUUGCUUCGCCCCUGCUAUUUUUCCAUGUUGAUUUACAUGAAGAGUCUGUUCUUGGACAGUUUUUUUGUGUCUUAUUUUCUUGUCUCACAUGAAAAUAAUACUGAAGUAUUCUUUAGUGUUUACUAUAGUAAAUUGUAGUGUACUGUAAUAUAUUAUAGUAUACUGUAUACAGUACUUACUACACUUUGUUAAUGUAUACUUCAGUAUUCUGCAGUAAAUACGGUGAAUUGAUGCUGUAGUAUACUUUAAGAUUUCCUACACUAAGGUUUAGAAACAUUAUAGUAUCUAGGAUUUUUUUUACCAAAGUUUACUAGAGUAAAUACUGAAGUAUACUACAGUGUUUAGGUUAUUUGGUUUUGACGUUUCUUUAACCAAAUUGAAAUAAAGGGAGUAAAGAGGCCACGACCACACAGCCUUGUGUCCUUUAACAAAAUAAAAAAUCGAAAGGAAAGAAUGCAAAAGAUGUAUCAAAUUUUGUGAAUGUAAAUCUCAUUUUGUGAUCACACACUGUGUUAAACUCAUUUCACACGGUCACGGCCGGAUGAGGAAUUGUUCGGUUAACAAAUCACACCAAAUAAAUCAAUGAUUGACAUUUUCACCAUCACGUGGUCGUGUACGUACAGCAGCCCUGUUUUCACUUCAGCGGUAUGUAAAUAGAGUUUAAUUAUUCGCUGUUGCUGUAGAGAUUGAAACAAUAAUUGCAUGAAAUGUCCUGGGUCAAAGGUCAUGUUUAUGUUUAUGUUGACAUUAUAGUUUUCAAAUAAAAGUGGUUUCUC